AGUUUUGCAAACACUUCCAGGGUCUGGGGAUCUCUCUGUUGCAUGGUAUUGUCAUUAACAAAAAGCAGCCGCAGUGGGAGGUUGUGGAGCUCUUCUUGUCUUUGUGCAUGCAGUGAUGAGAGGGUCCCAACCACAGUGAGAGACCCACAACACUCACUCAUGCUUUCUCUCUUCUCCACUUCAACCUCUGAGUUACACUCACUGCUCUCCUUUGGAUUAUUUCUUCUUUUUAAUGCUGAAGACGCCUGUGGAGGAUUGAAAAGAAAAAGACUCUGCAAGGAGGAUUAACUUUGCAACUUUUUUUCCUUUAUUGAAGUUGGUUUUAUGAGAUUUUCUUCAGCUGGAAUAAUGCCUUUGCAUUGGAGUAGAAGCUACUGGUUUCCAGUUGUGUUUGGUGCUGCGCUGGUUGUUCUUACCGCGGGCAAUGCUGGACCGAACCAGGACAGGAAGCAGCCAAAGUUGUCCUCAUGCUUUGGAGGCUUCGACCUCUACUUUGUUUUGGACAAAUCUGGGAGUGUGCAGCAUCACUGGACAGAAAUCUACAACUUUGUUGAACAUCUAGCUCAUAAAUUCAUAAGUCCACAGUUGCGGAUGUCCUUCAUUGUGUUCUCCACUGAGGGAAGCAUCUUAAUGAGCCUGACAGAAGACAGGGAACGCAUUCGUAAAGGUCUGGAGGAGCUCCACAGGGUUCUCCCAGGAGGAGACACCUUCAUGCAUGAGGGCAUCCUGAGGGCCAGUGAGCAGAUAUACUAUGGAAACACCGAAGGUUAUCGCACCGCCAGUGUUAUCAUCGCUCUGACAGACGGAGAGCUGCACGAGGAUCUUUUCUACUACGCUGAGCGGGAGGCCAACCGUUCCCGAAGCCUGGGUGCCUCGGUUUACUGCGUGGGCGUGAAGGACUUCAACGAGACGCAGCUGGCGAAGAUUGCUGAUAGUAAGGACCAUGUCUUCCCUGUGAACGAUGGAUUUGAGGCCUUGCAGGGAGUCAUCGACUCGAUCCUGAAGAAAUCCUGUAUCGAGAUCCUGGCAGCAGAGCCUUCUAGUAUCUGUGCAGGAGAGUCCUUCCAAGUGGUGGUGAGAGGCAACGGGUUUCUCCACGCCCGCAACGUCGAAAAGGUUCUGUGCAGCUUCCGCAUCAACGACACCGUCACUAAGAUGGUGAAGCCUUUGAUUGUGGAAGAUACCUAUCUCCUCUGCCCUGCACCAGUUCUCCAAGAUGAGGGGAUGGCAGCGAACCUUUAUGUCAGUAUGAACGAAGGUCUCAGUUUCAUCUCCAGUUCGGUCACCAUUACCACUGUGGGCUGUUCUGAUGGGACCAUCCUGGCCGUAGCGCUGCUCAUCCUGAUGCUGCUGCUGGUCUUGGCUCUCCUCUGGUGGUUCUGGCCUCUCUGCUGCACUGUGAUCAUCCAUGAACCCCCGCCACCGGCUGCAGACGAGAGUUCGGAUGAUGAAGACUUUGAAGCCCCUAAGAAGAAAUGGCCGACUGUAGACGCCUCCUACUACGGAGGAAGAGGAGUUGGGGGGAUCAAAAGGAUGGAGGUCCGCUGGGGUGAGAAAGGCUCCACCGAAGAAGGAGCAAAACUGGAAAAGGCCAAAAACGCCAAAGUGAAGAUGCCUGAACAGGAGUAUGUGGAGGCCCCCAUGCGGGUUCUCAACAAUGGCAUGCACAAACCCCUGGGGCCACGCAAGUGGUACUCACCCAUCCAGAGCAAACUGGACGCUUUGUGGGUACUUUUAAGAAAAGGCUACGACCGUGUGUCUGUAAUGAGACCUCAUCCCGGUGACAAGGGCAGAUGCAUGAACUUCACCCGCAUGAAGUCUCCGUCUCCUCCCUACCCAGACUACAACCACCACCCAUCCCCCAUCUACAACCCCCCCACCAGGAGUCCACCUCCGCCGCAGGGCACGCUCCCGCCGAGCCCCCGAAGCCCUCCAUCGUCUCCGACGUUCUCCUCCUCCUCCUCCUCCUCCUCCUCCGCCCUUCCACUGCUGCCUCCAACACCUCCUCCCACAUCCGCCACUCCCUCCCCUCCCCUCACGCCUCCCCCUUAUACGCCACCUCCCACCCGGGCUCUUCCUCUGACCACCCUGCACAUACCCGACCCUCCGGCGCUACCGCCCACCCCUCCGCCCUCCGCCUCCCCGACUGGCUCCCUGCCUCCUCUUCCACAGGGACCUCCUCCGGGGCGAGCCCCGCCACCUGCCCGCCCGCCGCCUCGGCCUGGCCUGUAGAGCUCUGUGAGCACACAGGGACAGGAUUGUAAAAAAUUAUAAUAAUAAAAAAAUAAAAACGCGCCAACAAUCAGCACAUGACCAUCUUUGAUUGUACUUGCGAGUGCCUCGUGCCACACUCAGUGGCAGACUUGUGAAGUGGAGCAGUGAGGACUUUGUCUUCAGCUAUUUGUCUACAGUGACUUUUGUACACAUUUAGCCCCGACACUGCAAUCGCUGAUGCUUGAAUUACACAGACAAUUCCCUAAAAAUGAGGUCAUGCAGGCCAGCUUAAAAAAAAUGAAAAAAUAACAUUCAGCCUCAAAGCGUCCUCAGAGCUGCUUCAGGCCCCGUUGUCCCCUCCAUGCGGACGCGCGAUUGGACGAAUCCUGACCAGGCGAAGAAGCACAAUCGUGUUCAAAAUGAUCAUGACACUAAAAAAAAAAAUGUGCCUGUGUAACAUUCCUAUCUUUUUCUGAUGAGAGAAACAUGUUGCACAUCCCCCCACCCCCACAUACGAUUAA